AUUUGAUAUGACUUUGAGGACACCAAGCAACCAACCUGGUCUGUUAGUUUGUCACUAAAAAAAGUCCCACCGGCGGAACUAACUCCGUCUCCGCCGUCAUGUCUAUGUCCUCCGCCAUCGCUCUCGGCGGAGCAACCGCCGCGAAACCCCUGGUAUUACCCGAAAAGCACCGUGGUGGAUUCCCCAAGUUCACCUGUUGGGCACCCACGAAGAGAAUUGAAUCCCUCAAUGGCUCAGCUUCUCUCCGUUCCCACUCACUGCCCCGUCUUCGGGUUUCUUCCAACGAUGCCCAGUUCAAUUCGGUUCCCGAGGAGAACCAACUGCAACAGCAAAAGCACCAGCGCCAACAGCAACUACCGAGUUUCACUGAGUUCAUUACUUCGGAGAGAGUCAAAGUGGUGGCGAUGAUUGCUCUCGCUCUCGCUCUCUGCAACGCAGAUCGCGUCGUCAUGUCGGUGGCCAUAGUGCCCUUGUCGCUCGCCAACGGAUGGAGCCGGGCUUUCUCUGGAAUUGUUCAGUCGUCUUUUCUGUGGGGGUAUCUGGUUUCUCCUAUUGCUGGAGGGGUGUUGGUGGAUAACUAUGGUGGCAAAGUGGUUAUGGCUUGGGGUGUGGCCUUGUGGUCACUAGCUACUUUUCUUACUCCCUGGGCUGCAGAGACCUCCAUUUUGGCUCUACUUUCCGUGCGUGCUUUGCUUGGCAUGGCCGAAGGAGUAGCUCUUCCUUCCAUGAAUAACAUGGUAGCCAGAUGGUUUCCUCAAACUGAAAGGGCAAGGGCUGUUGGAAUUUCAAUGGCUGGAUUUCAGCUUGGAUGUGCGAUAGGGCUUACGCUUUCUCCUAUUCUUAUGUCCCAAGGUGGUAUAUUUGGUCCAUUUGUGAUUUUUGGAUUGUCUGGGUUUCUUUGGGUGUUGGUGUGGUUGUCUGCAACAUCAAGCACUCCUGACGGAAGUCCUCAGAUAUCAAAAUAUGAGCUGGAGUAUAUAUUGAAUAGAAGGCAAAAGUCUUUUUCAGUGGAGACAGCUAAACCCAAGAAAGUUAAAUUGAUCCCUCCAUUCAGGCGCUUGCUUUCAAAGCUUCCAACAUGGUCUCUAAUUGUUGCAAAUUCCAUGCAUAGCUGGGGAUUUUUUAUUGUUCUUUCUUGGAUGCCCAUAUACUUCAACUCAGUGUAUCAUGUGGAUCUCAGGCAUGCAGCAUGGUUUAGUGCCAUUCCAUGGGCUGUGAUGGCUAUCAUGAGUUACCUCGCUGGCUUGUGGUCAGAUAUGAUGAUACAAAGCGGUACAAGUGUUACUUUGACUCGUAAGAUUAUGCAGUCUAUUGGUUUUGUUGGUCCUGGACUUUGCCUCAUCGGUUUAGCAACAGCAAAAAAUCCCUCAAUUGGUUCUGCUUGGCUUACUUUAGCCUUUGGCCUGAAAUCUUUCAGUCACUCUGGUUUUCUUGUGAACCUUCAGGAGAUUGCACCUCAGUAUUCUGGUGUUUUACAUGGAAUUUCAAAUACUGCUGGAACAUUGGCUGCUAUAAUUGGAACAGUUGGAGCUGGUUUUUUUGUUGAGCUAGUUGGUUCCUUCCCAGGAUUUUUGUUGCUUACAUCACUCCUUUAUUUUCUUGCUGCUCUUUUCUACUGCCUAUUCUCUACUGGAGAAAGAGUAAAUUUUGAUGAUCCUGUUGGCCGACAAGUACCGGAAACUACCUAGUGUACUGUACAGUUGAGUUUCUUGUAUAUGAAAGAAGAUUAGCUAAGAACAGAAGCUAUAGUUACAUUUUCUAACUGUCAUGUCCUGUAAAAGAGACACUAACCAGUUACCUGGUGUAAAAUCAUUGUUGUAUAGUUGUAUUUUUCUUUCCCUUAUGCAUUGAGGGUUUCUAUUUUGGAAAAAGCUAUGAAGCGAGCUGCUUUUGAAGUAAGAAA